AUGGCACAAGGGCUGGAGGUGGCCGUCACGGACUUCCAAACCUCCUGGAACAACCUGCAGCACCACACUGAGGAGAUCAGCUCUGACCGCCUCCUUGUUCGCCGGGGCCAGGCCUUCAACAUCACGUUGUACUUCAUAAACCGGGGCUUCCAGCCAGGCCUGGACAACAUCAUCUUUGUGGCUGACACUGGCCCUCUGCCGGACCUGACCAAGGGGACUCGCUCAGUGUUCAGCCUGGCAGGUCGUGGUGGCCCCAGCCCCUGGAUUGCAUCGCUGAAGGCCAACGGGGCUACCUCCCUGGAGGUGAGCCUCUGCGCCCCUCCAACGGCACCUGUGGGCCGGUACCUCCUGAAGAUUCACAUUGACUCCUUCCAGGGGUCUGUCACAGCCUAUCAGAUUGGGGAGUUCAUCCUGCUCUUCAAUCCCUGGUGCCCAGGGGAUGCUGUCUAUUUGGACAGUGAGCCUCAGAGACAGGAGUAUGUCAUGAACGAUUACGGCUUCAUCUACCAAGGGAACAAGAACUGGAUCUACCUGUGUCCCUGGAACUAUGGACAGUUUGAAAAGAACAUCAUAGACAUCUGCCUGCAGCUGCUAGACAAGAGCCUGAACUUCCAGAUGGACCCAGCCACGGACUGUGUCCUGAGAGGAAGCCCCGUCUACAUCAGUAGAGUGGUGUGCGCCAUGAUCAACAGCAACGAUGACAAUGGGGUGCUCAGUGGAAACUGGAGCGAGAAUUACUCAGAUGGUAUCAACCCUGUGGAGUGGACCGGCAGUGUGGCCAUCCUGAAGCAGUGGCACGCCACAGGCUGCCAGCCAGUGCGCUACGGGCAGUGCUGGGUCUUUGCUGCUGUCAUGUGCACAGUGAUGAGGUGCCUGGGGAUCCCUACCCGCGUGAUCACCAACUUUGACUCUGGCCACGACACAGAUGGGAACCUGACCAUAGAUGAGUAUUAUGACAACACAGGCAGGAUUCUGGAGAAUAAGAAGAAGGAUUCUGUCUGGAAUUUCCAUGUCUGGAACGAGUGCUGGAUGGCCCGAAAGGACCUCCCUCCUGGAUAUGGAGGCUGGCAGGUGGUGGACGCCACACCUCAGGAGACAAGCAACGGCCUCUACUGCUGCGGCCCUGCCUCUGUCAGAGCCAUCAAAGAGGGGGAAGUGGACCUGAACUACGACACGCCCUUCGCCUUUUCCAUGGUGAACGCUGACUGCAUGUCCUGGCUUGUCUAUGGAGGGAAGGAGCAGAGACUUCACCGGGACACAAAUACUGUCGGCAAUUUUAUCAGCACUAAGAGCAUCCAGAGUGAUGAACGGGAUGACAUUACCGAGAACUACAAGUACAAAGAAGGUUCCACCCAGGAGAGGCAGGUGUUUCUGAAGGCUCUUCAGAAGCUGAGGGCUGGAAGGCCCCAAGGUCCCCACCAAGGAGAUCCUCGACCUUCCAGGCCGAUGACACUGAGCCAGGACAGCCCUCGAAGGUUGGACACACCUUCCCUUCGACCCAGAGAUGUUAUCCAGGUGUCCCUGAAAUUCAAGCUUCUCGACCCACCCAACAUGGGCCAGGACAUAAGCUUUGCCCUGCUGGCCCACAACAUGUCGUACCAGUUCAAGGACCUCAAGGUGAACUUGAGUGCCCAGUCCCUGCUGCAUGAUGGCAGCCCUCUGCCCCCGUUCUGGCAGGACACGGUGUUCAUCAUCCUCUCCGCUGAAGAAGCAAAGACCCAUCACUGCAAAAUCCCCUAUUCCCAGUACAGCCAGUACCUGUCAACGGACAAGCUGAUCCGCCUCAGUGCCCUGGGCGAGGAGAUGAGCUGCCCUGAGAAGGUGCUGGUGGACAAGAUAAUCACUUUGGCCUAUCCUGGCAUCGUGAUUAAUGUUCUAGCAGCUGCCGUCGUGGGUCAGCCACUCUCCAUACAGGUGAUGUUUGCAAACCCCCUCUUAGAGCAUGCUGAGGACUGUAUGCUGGUGGUGGAAGGCAGCGGUCUCUUCAAGAAGCAGCAAAGAAUCCUCAUCGGAAUCCUCAAACCCCAGCAUCAGGCCAGCAUCACUCUGGAGACUGUCCCCUUCAAGAGUGGUCAAAGGCAGAUCCAAGCUAAUCUGAGGAGCAACAAAUUUAAGGACAUCAAGGGUUACAGAAAUGUAUAUGUAGGCGUUGGGUUAUAAAUUCUGG